GAUAAAGACCUCCUUCCGUCACUCCACAAAGCCAUCCUCUCUCUCUUUCGCUCUCUAAGAAAAAUGGCCCUAAACAACAUUAUUCGCAGAGCAGCUUCGCGAGUUGUACCUCUGGCAUUCAGGGCUUCCGCCGCCAGUCAGAGGUACCUUCACCACCACGGCGCAGCCUGCCCCUGUUGUGCCGCCGUCACCCAACCCUCGCGCAAUUUACUCCCUAGGGUAUUUCCUUCGGUAGCCCACCACUACUCCACCAAGCCUAAAUCGGAUGAAUCGCUCGCCCGAGUUAUCAAAUCCGAGAUUGAAUGUGCUCUCGAGACCCAGGAAGAAGACGAGGUGGAGGUUCCUGAAGGCUUCCCCUUUAAAAUUGAAGACCAUCCUGGACAGCAGACCAUAACACUGCUCCGAGACUACAACGGAGAAAGCAUUACUGUCGAAGUCCACAUGCCUGACAUCAGUGCGGAGGAUGAGAAUGAGAAAGAUGACGAUGAAGAGCAAGAUGAUGAGCAGGGAAGUCAGUCUUGUAUCCCAUUGGUUGUCAGAGUCUCCAAGCAAAAUGGGCCGAGCUUAGAGUUUACUUGCACUGCUUAUGCUGAUGAGAUUGCCAUUGAUAGCCUGAGCAUCAAGGAUCCCAACACUUCCGAGGAGCAAGUAGCCUAUGAAGGACCUGAUUUUGGGGAUUUGGAUGAGAAUCUGCAGAAAUCCUUCCACAAGUUUCUUGAAAUCAGAGGAAUCAAGCCGAGCACGACAAAUUUCUUGCACGAGUACAUGAUUAACAAGGACAGCAGGGAGUACGUCGCGUGGCUGGAGAAUCUUCAGAAGUUUGUUGAGGCUUAAGCUUCACAGAUGGGGAUUCUACUUUCAUCUGAUUUGGUCCUAUUAAUUUUGCCUAUGAACUCAUUAUGAUUUGCCAGAACUACAUAUAUUUGGCAUAUUGGGAUUUAUGUUUUUUAUGAAGUGAUAUUUGCUGAACGCAUUUGGCAUAUUAGCCUGAAUGGAAAUUGCUGAUUCAGUUUUAGUAA